AGUUCGAAAACUUCAAAAAAAUGGACGUUAUUCAAUUUAAUUCAAUUGUAAAAAAUUUGAAGUCAAUAAUAAAUAACUGUGAAGAAAAAUUUUAUUUUGUUGAAAAAGAAAAAAAUAUAUCUUUAACAUCAUAUGAACAUUGUGGACCAGUACCUAAGUUUUCAAUACAUAUAACUUUAGAAGAUUCUGGAGAUAUUUAUUUUACUGGAUAUAGCCAACUUUUACAAAUUAAACUGUCUUUUUUAAACAAAGGAAUUAUUAAAUAUUAUUCUCAACUGGAGAAUGCUGUUAGUUAUGUUAUAAAUAAUGAAACAGAUUCUAAGCAAGCAAGUUAUAUUAGGCAUCAAGUAGCUUUAUUAAAUAAAACAAACAGUACACCAUUUUCUUUAGAAGACAUUUCUGAUGCAUUGCAUCUUUAUUCAAAAUCUCGUUCAGUAUAUUUUGAUCUCGUUGAGAAGCUUGUUUUGCCAAGUGUACGAGAGUUACAACGAAUGACAAUUAAAAUAAAUAAAUUUAAAGAUACUGAAUAUUUAAAGAUGAUAUUUAAAGAACUUCAGGAAUUUCAAAAAUACUGCUUUAUCUUGGCUGAUGAGGUGUACAUAAAACCUGGGCUACAGUACUCUGGUGGUAUUGUGUAUGGUGAAGCAGAAAAUAUCCAAGAAAAAGCAAAAACAGUUUUAGCACUAAUGCUUCUUUGUCUUUUUGGUGGCCCACGACUUGUUAUAAAAGUUUCUCCAGUUUGUAAAGUUACAACAAAUUUUCAAACAAGCGUGAUAGAAGAAUUAAAUCAACAAAUCAUAAUUGCAGGUGGAAAACCUCUUGGGUUAAUAAUGGAUAACUGUCGAGUAAACCAAAAAACAUCUCAAUAUUUUAAUGCAAAAAAAGUUCCAGCAUACUAUCUUUUAAAUGACACUGUGCAUAUUUUAAAAUGUAUUCGAAAUAAUUGGAUCACUGAAAAAUUACAAUGUUUAAAAUAUAGAUUGCUAAAUGAUAACGAUACUGUGCGACUUGCAGAAUAAAAAUUUAUAAUUCAACUUCAUGCUGCAGAUAGUCGAAUAGUUAAGUUGUCACCCUUAACACAAAAAGCUGUGUCACCAAAACCAAUUGAACGACAAAAUGUUGGAUUAGUUCUUAAAGUUUUUUGUGAUGAAACAGUUGCAGCAUUACGCGUAAAAUUUCCUGAAGGUGAAGAUACUGCACUUUUUAUUGAAACAGUUGUUA